AUGCUCCUGGUUCUAUCAGGCAGCAAACCUUGGAACUCGGAUUACUGCCAUCCGAGUGGACAAGUUCUUUACAGAGUUGAGUCUCCUUACGCAUUUACGAAUCGGAAAGCGACGAUCAUGAAGGUCGUCCCCAGUGAAGACGGGUCUCUGCAAGACAGAUUCACGGCAAUCGCAGAGAUUGAAUUCCAUACCUUCACAUCUUCAACUAUUACAAUCACUGGACAGGGUACCUACGACACGAAGUCGUUCUUUCGGAAGGGAGGGCUCAGCUGGAACGGCCGCGAUCGAAUCUUCACAGCUCCAGAUGGCCUGGAGUACUGUUGGAAAAUGGGGGGUCGCAAAGUCGAGCUGUACCGCAACAAUCCGGCGAAGACGCUGAUUGCGAAAUACCACCUGAAGCAUUAUGGAAUACUACGGGAAGCCCGGCCAGCGUCUUUGGAGAUAUUCGAGGAGGGCCAGGGUGUGGUAGACACGAUAUUGACAACCUUUGUUUAUGUGGAGAAGCUUCGGAAGGACAGGGAGCAGAGAUCGAGGAAUUCAGGUGGUGGUGGUGGUGGAGGAGGAGGAGGAGGCUAA